CUACCCCAGCUGCGUGAGGCGAGUGGCGGCGCGAGCCGGGUGCUCAGUAAGGACCGACUUUCCCGCCGGGCGGCGGUGCCGCGCGCUGGAAGCGGAUUGAAGUGUCGGCCCAAGCAUGUCGCUGCCUCCGGAGAAAGCCUCGGAGCUGAAGCAGCUCAUUCACCAGCAGCUGAGCAAGAUGGAUGUCCAUGGUAGGAUAAGAGAAAUCCUUGCUGAGACAAUACGAGAAGAAUUGGCACCUGAUCAACAACAGUUAUCCACAGAAGAUUUGAUGAAAGCCCUUAGACGUCGUGGAAUCAUUGAUGAUGUGAUGAAAGAACUUAAUUUUGUUUCUGACAGUGUUGAUCAAGAACUUCCUUCCUCUCCAAAACAACCUGUUUGUUUUACUGAGAGACAGUCAACAUUGUUAAGAAAAACUAAUAUUGAUCCAACUCGGAGGUAUCUUUACCUUCAGGUUUUGGGUGGAAAAGCUUUCUUGGAACAUCUGCAAGAACCUGAGCCUUUACCGGGACAAAUUUGUUCCACCUUUACUUUAUGUUUACAUUUUCGAAAUCAACGUUUUCGUUCUAAACCUGUUCCAUGUGCCUGUGAACCAGAUUUUCAUGAUGGCUUUUUACUUGAAGUACACAGAGAAAGCUUAGGUGAUGGAACUAGAAUGGCUGAUUCAACAACAAUGUUAUCAAUAAAUGAUCCAAUUCAUAUGGUGCUAAUCAAAAUAGAUAUAUUUGGUGAAACCACUUUAGUAGCAUCCUAUUUUCUUGAGUGGCGAUCAGUUUUGGGCUCAGAAAAUGGAGUGACCAAUCUCACUGUGGAACUCAUGGGUGUAGGCACAGAAUCAAAAGUGUCUGUGGGAAUUUUAAAUAUAAAACUUGAGAUGUACCCACCACUCAAUCAAACAUUGUCUCAAGAAGUGGUGAAUACACAGCUUGCUUUGGAGCGACAGAAAACUGCAGAGCGAGAGCGAUUAUUUCUUGUAUAUGCUAAGCAAUGGUGGAGAGAAUAUUUGCAAAUUCGACCCUCACAUAGCUCACGGCUGGUUAAGAUUUUUGCACAGGAUGAAAAUGGGAUAAAUAGACCAGUGUGUUCCUAUGUUAAACCACUUCGAGCAGGGAGACUUCUGGACACACCAAGGCAAGCAGCAAGAUUUGUUAAUGUCCUGGGUUAUGAAAGAGCUCCUGUUAUUGGAGGAGGAGGUAAACAGGAGCAGUGGUGCACUCUGCUGGCCUUUCUCUGUAGAAACAAGGGUGAUUGUGAAGAUCAUGCCAACCUUCUAUGCAGCCUCCUUCUUGGAUAUGGAUUAGAAGCCUUUGUCUGUGUUGGCACUAAGGCAAAGGGAGUACCUCAUGCUUGGGUUAUGACUUGUGGAACUGAUGGAACUAUCACCUUUUGGGAGAGUUUAACAGGACACAGGUAUAUCCACAAAUCUACCAAUCUUGAUGAAGCUCCAGUUGCUGAACCGCCCAAACCAUUGUAUCCAUAUAGAACAAUUGGUUGUGUUUUCAAUCAUCAAAUGUUUCUGGGAAAUUGUCAGGCUUCUGACUCAGUAGAAAUAUGUGAAUUUGAUUUGAAUGAUGAAUCCAAAUGGAAACCUAUGAGUGAAGAAGCAAUUAAAUCAGUUUGUGCUCCAAGAGCUACAACAUCCCUUCCUCCUUUUCCCCCUCUGUGUGCGUCCUCAAUUGAUGCUUCAGUAACAAGUAAUGAAAUAGAAAUGCAGCUAAGACUACUAGUGUCGGAACACAGGAAGGACCUUGGCCUCACUACUGUUUGGGAAGACCAGCUUUCCUAUCUUUUAUCACCGGCUUUGGCUUCCUAUGAAUUUGAGCGGACAACAAGUAUAUCUGCAGGGAAUGAAGAAUUUCAAGAUGCCAUAAGGAGGGCUGUACCUGACGGUCACACAUUUAAAGGAUUCCCAAUACAUUUUGUGUAUAGAAAUGCAAGACGUGCAUUUGCCACUUGUCUUCGGUCUCCUUUCUGUGAAGAAAUAAUCUGUUGUCGUGGGGACCAAGUGCGAUUGGCAGUUCGUGUCCGAGUGUUUACCUACCCUGAAUCUGCAUGUGCUGUUUGGAUCAUGUUUGCUUGUAAAUAUCGCUCAGUGUUAUAGGACUAAUAACUUUUCUCUAAGAAAAUUAUCUGUGUUUUGGAAUUUUACACAUUGUACAUUACUAGUGGUUUAGCGGUUCCUUGUUUUAAGAUCAGUCUGACUUGGAUGUCAUUUUUCAAUUUUGUAUGUACUUGAUAGUGUUUGUAAAAAAAUCAUGAUGUCUGUAUUUAAAAACUUAAGAAUGAAAUAUUGUAUAAAUCUGUGUGGAAUUUAGUAUAAAUUAAGUGUAUAUCCUAUUUUAAUAAUUGAUACUUUUUACAGCUAUUUAAUAGUUUAAAUAUAAUCAUAAAGCUUACUCAGUUUCCUUUACAUUAACUCAGAUAUUUGUCUAAGGUUUGAGCCAUAGUAAAAAUCAGUAUAAUCAUUAUUUUUCAUAGAAUAAUGGAAUUGUUUUUGUACAAACUAGGGGAAAUUAGCCUUACAAUAGUUUUAUUUAUUACAUAGGUAAAAAUAGAUUUUGGUGAAUUGCCACUUUUCUGGUUUACCAUGGCCAUACUGAUAGUUGUGACUUUCCAGAGAAAAGAUGGGAAGAUUUUGAUGUGAGAUUAGGAAAAAGCUAUUAACCAGAAAAACAAAUAUAAAUAACAAAAUAAACUACAUAUGAAAGUACAUGAAUAAUUUAUAAAUAUUUGUUAACUUGAUUUAUGUAAAAGUAAGUUGGUUCUCUUAGAAAACAUUUAUUAUACUCCUUUGUAUUGUAAUAGAUAUUGAUAAAUUGUUUUCUGUAAUAUUGGAAAUUUGUUGCUGAUAUUCUCUGUGUUCAAAGGAUUCCUUACUAGUCUUCUCAUGGGUUCCAUCUUUGAAAAUAAAUCUUUUUCUGUUUUUCAUUUUGAUUAAACCAUCAUCAUGUCUUUGGCUAAUCUAAAUUAAAGUCAUUGUAUGAGAUGA